AUGACGAUUCCCAAUACGAGAUAUUCGAGGCUUCCUACGGAGUUCGAUGUAGCGGGCAAGACGGUGAUAGUGACGGGCGCGGCGCGAGGGAUUGGCAAGGGCAUAGCGAGGGUGUUCGCGGAGUCGGGGGCGCAGGUGAUGGUUACAUCCCUGACAGACCGCUAUCUGAUGCCGCUUGCGGAGGAGAUGGAAGCGGCGGGGCAUCCCAUCUUCCCGCUGACGGCGGACGCAACGGAUUCGGACGACUGGCAGCGCACGGUUGAUACGGCGCUCAGCGCGUGGGGACGCAUCGAUGUGCUCAUCAACAACCUGGGCGAUGCGAUACGCAAGCCGCUGGUGCCGCCGCCCGGCUCGGACGGCACGCCGAUAACCGAUGAUGAGUGGCAGUUCGUGAUGGACAUCAACCUGACGGAGGCGUUCAAGGUAUUCCCGGAUCCCGAGACGGGCGAGCCUGAACGAAUAGCGGCUUCGAGGGAGCGCGCGAAGACGAACGUACCGCUGGGUCGUGUGGGCGAGCUGCGCGAGGUCGGGCUGCUGGCGCUGUACCUGGCGUCGGACGCGUCGGCGUACAUGACGGGCGAGACGCUGUAUCUGGACGGUGGGCUGAGCCAUUCGUGA